ACCAACAAUACCGCGACGCUUCGCGAUAUCGAGCGUCGGCCCUCAUGGCAAGGCCACUUGGGACUUCGAGAUCGACUGCAACACUUCACAUGGGCAUGGUUCACCCUUACCAUGUCCACAGGUGGCCUAGCAACGCUCCUGCACAGCCAACCUCACAAGUUCCCAGGUCUAAACACCAUCGGCACCGUUGUCUUCAUCUUUGACCUUCUACUCUUCACCUGCCUCACCUCUGCGAUAACAACCCGCUUUAUACUCUUUCCCCGAGCCUUUCGCAAAUCCCUUCGCAAUCCCGCCGAAAGCCUCUUCUAUCCAUGUUUUUGGCUUUCCAUAUCUACAAUAAUUCUUGGCAUCCAAGCCUACGGCGUGCCCGCCUGCGGCCCCUGGCUCCCCGUUGUCCUCCGCAUAAUUUACUGGAUCUACGUUGCGUGCACCUUCUCCGUCGCUGUAAUCCAGUAUUACUUCCUCUUCACCGCGGCCAACUUGACAUUUCACUCCAUGACCCCGGCCUGGAUUCUACCGGUAUUCCCAGUUAUGCUCUCCGGGACAAUCGCAAGCCUCAUCGCCCCCGACCAGCCACCAGAACAACGCCUACCCAUCAUCGUAGCAGGCGUGACGUUCCAGGGCCUCGGAAUUCUUGUCAGCAUGAUAAUGUACCCGAUCUACCUAGGUCACCUCAUGACGGACGGACUACCAGCUAUCGACCUCAGACCCGGCAUGUUCAUCUCGGUCGGGCCACCCUCUUUCACCACCCUCGCGCUGAUUGGGAUGUCGAAUGCGCUGCCGCCGAAUUACGGUUUCUUCGCGAGACACCCCAUCGCGAUCGAAGUGCUUCAGACCCUCGCACUCUUCACCGGCUGCUUCCUGUGGGCGCUCGGCUUUUGGUUCUUCUGCAUCUCAGUGAUCAGCGCAUUGGGCGGGCUGCCCAAGAUGGCGUUCCAUCUCACGUGGUGGGCCUUUGUGUUUCCGAAUGUUGGAUUUACGAUUGCGACAAUUGAAAUCGGGCGCGGGUUCGAAAGCGAGGGGGUUCUGUGGCUGGGGAGUGGGAUGACCAUACUCAUAGUGAUGACAUGGUGUUUCGUGUUCUUUAGCCACGUGAGGGCAGUAUUGAGGCAUAAGAUUCUGUGGCCGGGGAGGGAUGAGGAUAAGGACGCAUAAUGAGUGAUCAGAAGAUACCUUCAAACGUUCGUCUCGCCUUCAAACUCUACCUGUCCAGAUCACAAAAUUGAACACCACUGGUCCAGCAAUUAAACGUGUUCAUCUCACACCGACUUAGGAAGAUUAGCUAACACUACCAUAUCCAAAAGGGAAACCGCGAUUUCACCCUUUCCGCUUUGUCAACCUCGAUCCAAUCAAUACAGAGC